CUUUUGAUUUCAAAUCUGUUCUUUUUCUUGCUUUUUCUGUCCGAGGAAAAGUAGAAGAGAAACACAGUACCCUAGAUUUGCCCUUCUCUGCUUCGGAAGAAAGUGAAACAGAACAAAAUUGCAAUGGCUUUCGCUUCUUUCCUUGGCAGAGUUCUCUUCGCUUCCGUCUUUAUACUCUCUGCUUACCAAGAAUUUAAUGAGUUUGGAGUUGAUGGUGGGCCUGCAGCGAAAGCACUCAGACCAAAGUUUGAUGCAUUUACACAUCGCGUGCAUUCUCAAGUUGGCUUUCAACUCCCACAGAUUGAUACGCAAAUUUUAAUUGCUGGGGCUAUUGCUCUCAAGGGCCUUGGAGGAGUUCUUUUCAUAUUUGGCAGCUCUUUCGGAGCUCUCCUUCUGCUCCUGCAUCAGCUUAUUGCUACUCCUAUCCACUAUGAUUUUUACAAUUAUGAGAGCGAGGACAAAGAAUUUACUCAACUUUUCAUCAAAUUUACACAGAAUAUGGCUCUCUUUGGGGCUCUGUUGUUUUUCAUCGGCAUGAAGAACUCCAUCCCUAAAAGGCAACACAAGAAGGCACCGAAAACAAAAACCUAUUAGUACCAGCAGCAUUGGAGGACCCCGUUUCAAGGAGGGGAUGCUGUUGGCUCUUAAUCAUAUCCUCACAAAUGUACCAGGAUUUGGGUACUUCUCUGGUUCAGAAUCAGUCUUCCUCUCCCUUUGAGUUUUGUAGUUUUGGCUUCACUUGGAUUAAAUUAUUGGCUAUUAUUUUGUAUGAUCUUGUUAUCACGGCUUUAGGAACUAUCUUCCAGUUAGACUUGUCUGUUAAAAAUGAAAACAAAAGGAUGAGAAACCUUGGCUCUUGAACUUCAGAAUGCCAAUUUCAUUCUGUUCUAUCUUUCUUGAUGUAAGGUCUUCAAAGCCUGGCAUUGGAAGUUAUGUAACUUAACUGGAGUUAUCCACUUCAGCCAUGAAUUUGUGUGCCCCA